CAACUGAGUUGGUUCAACGCCUUGCAGUCCCACUGUUUUGCUUGAGGAACACGUUGAUACUUUGUGGUUCAGUUGGCCGUUGGCAACCUGCUCUGAACAAAAGUGCUUCACACCUCAAGAGAAAACCAAUGGGACUUUCUUUUAGAAACAACGAGUAGUUUUAACCAGGAGUCAUAAAUCUGAUAUGCUUCUCAUAGCUGGUCGCCAAGCUUCAUUUUUUACCGUGCUAUAUUUCAUUUCUCAACUGUUCCGUGACAAUGCCAGUCAGAAUUGUGGAGCUGGCGGCGACUUAUACUCGAUUUACCAAAUGAUGCUCAAGGGCCACACUUACAAGACGUUCAAGACUGCACCAGGUACUCUGGAAUGCAGAGACGCUUGUCUUGCUGAUGUCAGAUGUCAAAGCUACAACGUCGUUAUGUUCAUUGCAAUAUGCGAGUUAAACAACCGAACUAAAGAGGCCAGACCAGAGGACUUUGUCAAGAACAAGGACAGAUAUUACAUGGCGAAAGGUCCAAAACGAGCCGAACACUGCAAUAAUUACAAGAACUUAAGUGAUGCCAAUAGAAAGAGCAGUUACACAAGAUCAGCUAGUUUGUGUGACGACAAACUCCAUGUGGGAUGGUAUCGUUUUGUGAGAGCUGCAGGAACAAAAAUGCCAACUAAUCUUGUGCCAUUACGCAGAUGUGGUACAGUAAACCCAGGCUGGUUGAAUGGUUCUCAUCCUUCAGUGGAAGAUGGUGAAGUUGACAGGACGGUAUGCUUUCGUGCUUAUAACAACCGCUGCAAGGACCCAACAGUAAUUGGUGUGAAAAACUGUGGAUCUUACUACAUCUACAAACUUCAUCAGCUAUCACGUUGUGCUAUGCGCUACUGUGGUGCAGACUGAAUUUGAAGCAAAUCCACUUCUCGUAAUAGGAGGAUUCAUAAAUAAACCCUUAAAUCCAUGUUCAUAAGAGCUUAAGUAUGUUCCACUGAAGAAAUGUAAAAUGGUUUCCGUGUUUACAUAGCCUGAUGUAAACAC